CUUGCAAACUUUUAUAGAAACCACCAGCCCAAAGGCAAAUACAAUAUAUCAAUAACUAGGCAUGGGGCUGCUUGAUGAAGCCAACAGCACCGUCAUCCUGGAAGAGCAGAUCUUGGAUAAAAAGCUGCCAUUUGGCUGGCACACAAAGAUCCUUGCCACCCCUCCUGAUGGACUCCAUGAAACCCAUGAUAUGAUGAUGGACAGCACAAAGAUCUUGGGGGUCCAGAUCAUACUGAUAGCUGCCUACUCCCUAAUCAUUCUGCUGGGAUUCAUUGGCAACUCCUUAGUCAUCUACAUGAUUGUGAGAUAUAAAACCAUGAGGACUGUAACUAACUUUUUCAUAGCUAACUUGGCUCUUGCAGACUUAAUGGUAGACACACUCUGCUUGCCCUUUACCUUGACCUACACUUUGUUGGAUGAGUGGAAGUUUGGAGCUGUGCUUUGUCACCUGGUCACCUACGCUCAAGCUUUAAGUGUUCAUGUGUCCACCCUCACCUUAACCGUGAUUGCUCUGGACAGGUACAGGUGCAUCGUUUUUCACUUAGAUAGCAGGAUAUCCAGGAAGAUCAGCUUCAUCAUCAUAGCCACUACGUGGUUGGUUGCUGCUGUCCUAGCCAGCCCAUUGGCCAUCUUCCGAGAGUACAGAUAUGAAGAAAUCCCAUCCAUCAAUCUCAGAAUAGCUGUCUGCACUGAGAAAUGGCCUUCUGAAAACAGGGACGCUGCCAUAUACAGCUUAUCCAUGCUCCUCUUGCAGUAUGUUCUCCCUCUUUCCAUUAUCUGCUAUGCCUACAUCAGGAUAUGGUUCAAGCUGAAGAGCCAUAUCAGUCCCACUUCUCGAAAUGAAAGUCAUUGCCGCAGGAGAAAGACCACAAAGAUGCUGGUAAUGGUGGUGUUGGUGUUUGCAGUCUCUUGGCUCCCUUUCCAUGUUUUCCAACUUGCCGUUGACCUAGAUCUGGUACUCAUACUCCAUGACUACAAACUCAUUUACACUGUGUUCCAUGUGGUGGCCAUGUGUUCCACUUUUGCUAACCCUUUGCUCUACGGCUGGAUGAAUAAGAACUACCGCAAUGGGUUCCUCAUGUUCUUUCGCUGCCAGGACAAGCCGGAGAGACUCUAUACAGAGGGAUCAAUGAGAGGGCGGUCCUACACUUUCAGAGUCACCACCAUGAAUGGGAGCAUCAAGCACUCAACAGGCAAUGGGCAGCUGCCAACACAGGUUUAGUACACAAGCGCCUUCAUCUCCGCCAAGGGGCUGGAACCUCAGCGGUGUCCAUCUAGAACUGAAGUCUUUUCUAAAAAUAAAAGGUCUGCUGUAUUGCCAAAAUGCUAUCACUGUCAAAGCCAAAUGAGAGCACCUUGUCUAUCUAUCUAAACGAAGAACCUCAUGUCCUGUCCAUGCUGUUUCAUGAAGCAAGUUAAUUC